GGGCCGGGCUGGGCGGCGGCUCCGCGAUCUCCGCCGCGAUGCUGCCGCUGCUCCGCCGCGCUUGGGCGGCCGCCGUCACCUCCUCCUCCUCCUCGUCGUCCUCCUCCUCACGGCGGGGCAGCCGCCGGUGCAGCCUCGGCGCCUGCUGCUCCUACCGCCUGCGAGACGCCCUGCAUCCGCUGUGGCAGAGCCCGCUGACAAUUCCCGGAGGCACCCGCCAGUCUCCCAUCAACAUCCAGUGGAGGGACAGUGUUUAUGAUCCCUUCCUGAAGCCUCUGAAAAUCAGCUACGACCCCACCACCUGUCUUCACAUCUGGAACAAUGGCUACUCCUUCCUGGUGGAGUUUGAUGAUUCUACUGACAGAUCAAUCAUCGUUGGAGGCCCCUUGGAAAACCAGUACAGGCUAAAGCAGUUCCACUUCCACUGGGGAGCUGUCAAUGACUGGGGCUCAGAGCACACAGUUGACUGUAAAUUUUACCCAGCAGAGCUGCAUUUGGUGCACUGGAAUGCUGUGAAGUACCCGAGUUUUGAGGAAGCUGUGAUGGAAGGGAAUGGCCUGGCUGUUAUUGGAGUGUUCUUAAAGCUGGGAGCACGGCACGAGGGGCUGCAGACCCUGGUGGAUGCCCUGCCAGCAGUCAGACACAAGGACACUGUGAUUGAGUUUGAUGUCUUUGAUCCCUCAUGCCUGAUCCCUUCCUGCCCUGAUUACUGGACCUACGCUGGCUCCUUGACCACUCCCCCCCUCACUGAAUCAGUCACAUGGAUCAUUAAGAAGAAGCCAAUCGAGGUGGAUGAGGAUCAGCUGGAGGCCUUCCGGACGCUGCUGUUCACGUCGGACGGGGAGGAGGAGAGGAGGAUGGUGGACAACUUCCGCCCGCUGCAGCCGCUGAUGAACCGCACCGUGCGCUCGUCCUUCCGCCCCCAGCUCAGCCCCUAGCUGGCCCAGCACCCUCGGCAUGUUCCAGCUUUUCCCCUUCUUUCUGUGCCCUCCCACUGCCGGUGCUCCUUGGCUGUCCCUAGGGAAGCUGUGGGGUUUUUUAGUGUUGGUUUUUUUAUAGACGUGAGGGAUAUUAACCCUUAAUGAAUUGACUUGUUCUGAGGCAGGGAGUCAAGAAGGAAUUAAGAUAGUUAAAAAUAAGGACAGGAGAGCUCGUCCCCUGCUCCUUGUCUGAAUUGUUCUGUGGUUCUUCAGAUGCUCUUUCAGUGCCUUGCGUGAAUUAAUAAUCCUGGGUAAAAAUUGUUAAGAAGGAGGAAGUGGGAAGAAAAGAAAGAUAUCAGUACUUUGAUAUCAGUACAGGACUGAUCAGGUCCUUUUGGGGAAUUGUUUGAUGUCUGGGAAGAGAGCUAGAAGGGAACCAGCUUGUCUCAGAGACAUUUUGCCUUCUUCCUUUCUCCUUGGAUGAGAGGAGAAGGACAAAGAUGACUUCCAGGAUCUCUUUCCAUUCUGUUGGCUGCACAUUCUGUUUGAUGUGGGUGCCACAGAAUGCCCACUGUAAGGACACCAGGAGCCAGAAGACUUUUUUUCUAAAACCUUUUAACAACUGUAGAAGCUUUGGCAGCUUUUGUUUUCUGUGUUAAUAAUCUAUCAGGAGAAGGGAGGAGAUGAGAAUUCACCAGUACCUCAAGAUCAGCAAAUUAAGUGAAAAUGUUCAAUUGAUCCCAGGAAACUGAUCACAUCAAAAGAAAGAAAGAUUAGAUAAGGCCCAGCUGACCCUUCCAGUGGGAUUAGGAGGCCAAAAACCCCAAACCAAUUCCUCAAAUCAGUGCUAGGAGAGUGUAGGCAAAACACAGCACUGAGAAAGGGCUUUUAUUUCAGUAACUCAGAGAGCACCAUUGCUCUCUUCCAAGUUUUGCCUGGAGAUGUAUUCUCCUAUAAAAACACUUAGCCAGCUUCAGGAGCAGUGGGGACCAGUUUCUUUUUAUUGCACCUUGUGGUAACAAGGUCCAGUGGGGGUUAGAAUUGAUUUGUGGACCAAGCAGAGCUGCUGUGAGAGCUGCCAGCUCUGAGCCUUUCCCAGGAGCUCUGUGGUCCAGCAGCCCCAGGGAUCACUGACCUCUCACAUCCUACUAAACCUAAUUUUCUCUCAGGCACCUUUCUCUCUGGCCCUUUGUGCUCUGCUGUAUUUAGCAGAUUGAAUUCCUGUCCCAGAUUUCUGAUGAGGAGCAGCUCUGCCUGUGUGAUCUCCAUGGGUCCAGUCUCUUUCCUCCCUCUGAUUCCUGGUAGGAUUCAGUGAAGCCAGGACCUGGUUUGGCAAUCCAGACCUUUCCAAUUGGUACUUUGGUUUUUUUUGAAGUCCAAGUAUUCAGUUUCAAAGCACCUUAACACUUUUCAGUGUGACCCUGAUGAUUUUAAGGGUUUGAGAUAAUCUUGUUGAAGCAGUUGAGUGCCCAGAUCCUGCCUUUCCUUCCUCAAUAGCUCUACCUCAGGCUGUUGUUCUGGUGCCACAGUUGUGCCUUUGUCCCCUGCAUUGUGGUCACUUCAAUUGAGUGACUCUGGGUGCUGAAAGGAAGGAAAUCUCCCUCCAUCUCAGUGCAGGAUAUUUUUCCUGUGGGGAAUUCAGUGGAGCUCUU